AUGCUUGGUACGCCAUCAUUAGGUCCAACAUCAAUACCUCGAGCACCAGAAGACGAAGAUUCUCGAAAUGUCAUUGAUCGUUUGGCAGAAUUUGUGGCUAAAAAUGGAAUGGAAUUUGAGGAACGUACAAGAGCUAAACAGUAUGGUGAUCCACGUUUUGCUUUUUUGUAUGGUGGUGAAUUUGCGGAUUAUUAUCGUUUCCGGGUGAUGCAGGAAAUUCAGAAGUUAAAUGAUGGAAAUCCGACUGCAGGUUUAGUUCCUCCGCCAGCUAUACAUGUACCACAAUUUGACGCAAAUGCAGCUUUGGCUCAAAUUGCAACUUUCAAUCAACAGAUUGCAGAUAGUGAAGCGAACUUAAGAGCCCAGUUUGACUCCAUCGAAUUGCAGAAAGAGGCUCAGCUUGCUACAGCAAUUGAAAAAGCUGAAGCAGACAAAAUAGCAUCUAUAUGUGAGCAGGUUGCUCUUGAUGUUGAUCCUCUUUCGAAAAUGCUCGAUCAGCUUAGUGGUCACUGCAGUAAAGAUGUCAUCUCGAACAGCAAAAAAUGGAUAUUUGAGAAAUGUACAACCGAUCGGUUGCGUGAGGCUAUACUGAUGUAUCUACUUUAUCGAGUGAAGGAGCCACGUGCUACUGAACAAUUCAAACUUCACAUUUUAUAUUUAAUAAACGAUUGGGCCCACCAUUGUCAACGUAAAAAGUUGGAUGCAAUCCGACAAAUGCUUUCGCGAUAUGUGCCACAACUCUAUGCUUUCACAGCUCAGGGUGUUAAAGAAGCGAUUGUGAAUGAAAAGCUUGAAAAAUUGGUUGGCGUUUGGGAAGGCCAUAAAUAUUUUGAUGAUGGUUGUUAUAAACAACUGCGAAAUCCACUACUGUUGUAUCAAAACUGGAAAAAUGCACAACAAGCGGAAUAUGCCAAGAAAGCGGCAGAAAUUCAUGCACAAUUAUUGGCAACUUAUAAAGGUUACGAGCAACAGCAUCAAGAAUUUGCAUUACAUUGUAGGACGCAGAUUGCUUUGCUUCAGCAACAGAUUGAAGCCGAAAGGAUAAAACAAAGUAUGCCUUUAUCUGCAUCAGGACCCGCAAUGCCGCCGUUGCCACCUGCAGCAGCACCUGAAGGACCAUCACCAUUGAAUCGCCGUGAACGUCGGUCACGUUUUGACCAGAAGAUUGCAGGACCACCGCCAACACAAAAUAAUUUUGCCAAUAUACCACCAGAAAAUGAUUAUGGUCGCUUUUUCACUGCUCCGCCGCCACAUACGAACGUUCCAUCACCUAAGGAUAUAUAUCAUGCUCGACCUGAUGAAGAUGAUCCAUCAUAUGUUAUUUAUGAUGAAGACGAAUUCAACAGUGGUUUACAGAAUAAAAAUCGCAAAAAUGAGAAUGAAGUUCAAGCAGCUCGCACACCAUUUCGUGGACCUUCACAACCUGUCGUUUUUGGACCUCCACCGCAAAAUGUGUUUGAUGAUGCUGCUUUAAUUCCAAGCGUUCCUUAUUAUGAGUUACCUGCAGGCAUGAUGAUGCCACUGAUUGAAAUGGAAGAUGUACUGUACAAACCUGUCAUAGUAUCAAAAUUGCGUCUUCCGCCUCCAAUUCCACCUACUGAGCGGUUACUGCGUGCCAUGGAUGCUUUUUAUGCUCCACAGAGCUUGGAAAAUCAAAGAGACACAGAUGGCUGGGAACGCAACGGUUUACUCGAAUAUUAUUCGAAGAAAAAUGAAAUAAAGAAAAAAGUGGAAGAGCAACUGAAAGAAGAGGGAAAAACAUUAGAAGAUGCAAUUGAAAAUGUCUAUAUCGAGGAAACUAAUGAGGAAAAAGAUGAAAAACGGAAUUACAGACGUUCUUCAUCAAGAAGCCAUCAUCGAUCAAGUUCUUCGGACUCAUCAUCCAGUCGGUCGAGCACUUAUUCAAGUGAUAGAUCGAGGAGACGAUCAAGAAGUAGUCAUUCAAGUGCAAGCUUUAGCUCUCGAUCUCGAUCUCGGUCUCGGUCCUUGUCACGUUCGGACUCAAGGCGUCGUCGUAGCAGGUCUCGAUCAGAUUCAUCGAGACGACGAAGGCGUUCUGAUUCACGAAGUGCUUCUCCUGAUAUACGACCAUCAUUUGGAAAUCCGAAGCAAAAUCACAGUCGAAGUCCUACUCCAAAAUUCAUUCCACCAUCUGGACCUCCACCACGAUUAAGUUCUGCGAACAAAGGUGCACAGUUGUUAGCGAAAAUGGGUUGGCAAGGUGGUGGUUUAGGUGCCGAUAGACAGGGCAUUGAGGAACCGAUAUCUGGUGGUGAAAUCCGGGAUGCUGUGGACCAGUUUCGUGGUGUUGGCUCAAAACCAGAUAUGUACGAGGAAUAUCGGAAGCAAAUGAGUGGAUAUCACAAAAGUCGAAAUAAGCGGGGUUUUGAUUAG